AUGGUGAGCAAGUUUAACAACAAUCCAGGAAAAACUCAUUGGUCUACAGUUAAAAGGACUUUCCGGUAUUUAAAAGGAACAUCCAAGAUGAGAUUGGAAUUCUCAGCUGAAGAAAUUGGAGAGGUUAUUGGGUAUUGUGACGCUGAUUGGGCCAGCGACAUUGACGAAAGACGAUCUUGCAUCGGGUAUGUGUUUAUAUUACAAGGUGGAGCAAUGUCAUGGAAUUGUAAAAGACAAGCUACAGUUGCGUUAUCUACCACGGAAGCAGAGUAUAUGGCGCUCAGUUCAGCGACUCAAGAAGCGAUAUGGCUGAAGUAA